UCUUUCGUCCUAUUGGACGUUUGCGGUCAUCACCUUGACCUUCGUUCUUGUCUCCUUUUUCUGUUUCGUGAUUUUCAUCUUUACGAUCACGGCACCAGGUGUGCAGGAAACGACGCUCUUUGACGAGGACCUUGAGUUAAGCGGUGGUGAUGGUGACUAUGGAGACCGCGACACAAAGAGCACUACCGAGAAUCCCAGGGAACGCGUCACGAGCCCACGUCUUCAGAGAAAGGAAUCCGCGACAACCAGCGGGAUGCGAUCCACGCCGGCAGUGCAAAGCACCCGGCCAGCAGUUUUUCCUUCGCCGUCACCGAGCUCAACGAUGCCUGUUCCAGUGGCGCCAGCGGCACCUACAGGCACCGUUGUGUGCACCGUCUCCAACCUGAUGCCUCCGGAAACGUCUGCUCUGCCACUGGAUGGCGCCUGCGAUCUGCUGUUCUUCGAGUCCUUCUACAAGGAGAACAAGAACAACCUGUCCGGCGGCUACGGUGCGAUCGAGCUGAACGCUCGCGUCUUUCUGGAGCAGGCGCGUAAUGUUAACAAGACCCAGUACGGCAUCUCUUUCGCGCUCACGAAAACGCUCUCAAGUGCAGAUUUCACGACCAGCAAUUUCUACGAAAUGAUUGAUGAUAUCUGGAAUCGCAAGAUCUACCACUUCGGAUUUCUGAACUUGUACCGCGAGUUCUCGGCUCCUGAAGCCGUGAGGGAAGCCUUGCUUGCCCUGAAGGAACUGUACUUUUACAUAAAGCGCAUCAACCAACAGCGGCAGCCUUCGUACCAAAUCCUGGGUUUGUCCAUCGACCAUUUAGAAAAUUUCCCGACAGUGGACUUGAUGAGGUCUAUAUUCGUGCCCUCAAUUUUCAUCUCGAUUGGUCACGUGUCGUACUCCGACGCAAGUUUUCCGUACUGUCAAAUACUGCCACCAACCAUUCGUUUUUAUCCAGGUAUCCACAGGAGUAAACAGGAAAAGCAAUACGGACACUCAAUGGUAAGAAGUGUGGAGUUGCUUGACAGAGUGAGCCAGCUGCACCUGAAUAUUACGUUAGCCAUCUCGGUAGGACUCAGCGGGCGGUACUACCGACCGCAUCUGCCGAACCCUACAUUCGCCACUCUGAAUGACUACCGGCCGUUCAAGAAAUGCUUGGAUUUCAAUGGCUCGCGUUAUGACGACCCGGUAAAACUCUGCCCAAGCGUCGUCGGAGCGGAUUGGAAAGUUUUUAAGAGUGACGUUCAACUGUACAUCAUGGUGUACAGUAUGUACCUGGAACGAACGUUUAUGUUCGACAAUGCGCACUUGAUCAAAGAGAAGGUUUGCCAUUCCAGAGACGGCUUCGACAAAGUUAACUAUACCGUGGCGGCUUAUGACGUCGAUUUUGACUCAUCGCCUGAAGGCUGCCCGGAGCUGGACAUCAAAGCUGGCGCCUUCAACCGGCUUUCUACAAUUCGGCCACUGAAUGAAUACUUGCGCAACUUCACACGCGCUUACCGGUGCUCCCAAAUGAAUUUCACCAGAACUCGAGCCUUAUAAUCCCUCACACGAGCUUGUAAAUAAAAGGAACACUGCCUCGUUUGG